AUGGCAGCAAGAGCAACAACAGGACACGUCAUCAACAACACUGCGCACGUGACCAGCCAGAUCAUUACGUCACGGCUUAGUUACGUCAUAACCGGCACACUCUUGCAAUCAAAUCCCCUCGUGAAAAACACUUUCGAGAAAUUUCGGCAGAUGGACCCGAUGUCCGACUUCACAGACAGCAGUGUCUUCUCCACACACGCCAUGGUCGUCAUGUCGGCUUUUGAGGACAUCUUUGAUAACCUGGACGACUCCGAGAUAGUGAAAGAUAUCCUGGAGCAAGGGAAGUCCCAUGGGAAGUUUUCGGAGGAUUUUGCCCCGGAGACUUUUUGGGCCAUAGAGGAACCAUUCAUGUCUUCAAUGAAAGACAUUCUCGGCCGCAAGAUGUCCUCUCAACUGGAGAAGAUCUACAAGAAGACCAUCAAGUUCAUCUUAUCAGUUCUUAUCAAGGGCCUUAGGGAUGCUACCAUGGCGUGA